AUGGAUUACGACAAUAGGACUCCCAAUUCGACAUACAGCUUUUCUUCGCCGCAGGCGGGGCCCUCUAAACCUACAGGCUCAGGACUCAAGCUCAUUCUUCCGCCUCUAAAAGGCGGGAAGAUUGUCAAGACCUCGAAGAAGAAUCGGAAAGGGCAAGACGCGGUCAAUCCUACGGAGGAGAAGGCGCCCCCUCGACCUUUGAAAUUGAAACCACUGAAAGAGGUCCUGACGAAGCUCAUAUCACAGAUUAAGAAGAAAGACGACUAUGCAUUCUUCCUACAGCCAGUCGAUGUAUCCAAGGUCCCAGGAUACUCGGAAAUGAUAUCUCAUCCAAUGGACCUCGGUACGAUGACUACCAAAGUCCAUAAAGGCCGCUACCGCAGUUUGGAUGACUUCUCCGCCGAUAUAAAGCUUGUUACUUCCAAUGCCAUGCGCUUCAACCCCCCUGGCACAAUAUAUCACACCGAAGCCCAAAGGAUAGAGUCUUGGGCUUUGGAGCAUAUCGAAAAGGCCACACAUUUAGUAUUGCAACACGAAACAGACUGGAACCUCGAUGGCGACAACGAUGACGACUCGCAGCAGGUGAAUGUCGACGAAGAUGACGAUGCUGUCACCCACACGAAUCCCAUGACUCCAAUGGAUGUCGACGAAAUUUCUCGUGUAGGGCGCUCGCCCUCUGUUGCCUCUCAAUUACCCGCCAGUCUUACAAGGCGCAGUUUACGAGCUCCUACGAUAGUCAAGAAGUCAACGUCCUCCACCCCCGUCAUAUCAGAGAGCUUAGACGCCGACGGUCGCCUUCCCGGCUCUAAAGAUGGAUUGGGUGCUUUUCCUCCAGGAUCAGACUGGGCUGAAACGAUGCUGAUGCUGAAGCUGAAAGGCAAGAAAUACAAGACAAAGAAAGAACGACUCCGAGUGGAGAAGGAAGGUCCUCCUUACGCCGCGGAUGGCAGCCUUGAUUACUCCCAGAUGGAAGACCCUUUCACGGUACUUUCCGCCUUGGUGCCAGAUCUACCCUCUCGCCCCCAGCUUACCCCCCUCUAUCCGCCCAUAUCGAACCAAAUUAACACUCAACCUUCUGUAUACCCUGCUCCGACUGCACUUUCGUUCGAUUAUACCGAUAGUCUGCCCUCCGUAGAUCAGUCGCCUCUCAAAUUCAGACACUGGCACAUUACUCGUAGCGCCCAAGCACGUAAUCGGCUCAAAGAGAAGGACGACGCCGAUGACGGUGCUAGUGAUGCCCCGGCGUGGCAACUUCCACGAGAGCCUCAUACACUUGAUUUUGGCUCCCUUGCCAUCCUCUCCAGCGAACUCUCCAACGAACUCGCUAAGCGCGGGUCCCUCGGCACUUCUGAUCCUAGGCCCGAAGAAGCAAUUAUAUUAGAUGAAGUUCGAAACACUCUGACCUCCCAUUCUACUACCUUAACCGAACCCUCACCCCUUUCACCCGUUCCAGAUGCUCGGGCGCAUAAUUAUUGGACGGACCGACGCAUGAGAGAGGCCGAAGAAUACAUCUGGCAUUUAGUCUAUGGCGGUGUUGAUGGCCUUGCAUACGUCAAUAGUUUAGCAGAGUUCGCUACCCCAACGAAAGUUCUAGCCGACUCUAGCCUGCGAAGUCAAAUCGACGGUGGAACAUCAGAUAUUGAAGAACAGAAAUCGAGCUUGGGUAUGCCACUCGCUGAUUGGGUAACCCAGAAUAUCGUAGAUCCGUUAACCGGCGGCCACCACACGCUUCUCCGCCAGACCGCUCUGCAACUCCAUAAAUUAAUGGCGGGAGGAGAUGCGCCGGUCGUCAAUAUGGAGACUGACUCUGACGUCGAGUUCAGCAAUGCGCGAUCGGUGGCAGAUCAAGUCGCAUUAUCCGUUUAUACCUAUCCCCUCGCAGACCAGGCACUCUCGACCUUGCGGCGAAUCUACUCGAGCGAGAUUGACAUGGGUUGCCUGAUCCGCGAGCCUUCGGAGUUCACUUUGAGCGAGGAAGAGUGGAUAGGAAAGUCGAUAAAGGCACAGUCACGACGGCAAGAAGGGGGCUCCGAUGUCGCCGAAGAGCACCUUGGACUCGAGGGUCCGGAUCUAUUGAAUCAGGCGUUCAACUACUCCGCAGAGCUUAUUGCUCAGAUUGAUCAGGAAAUACGGACGGGUAGGAGGGCGCCUCUUGCUCGAUUCGGCGGCAUGAAAACUGAUAACGACGUUAUCAUGAAGACCGAGGGCGAAGCCGCCCAGGAUGGUGUCAAAGCAGAGCUCACCGCAGGCACGGAAGCACGACCAUCGUCCUCCCCACCAAGUCCAUUAGAGGAUCCUGUCCUUCGCAACUUGCGGUUAAACUUGCUGGCUCUUACGAAGCGAGCCCCAGUAGCCACUAUAGCACCAUUGCCAAAGGACCUUGUACCGAAGGAUGUUCAGGACGUGGUCCCUACUUUACCGAGCUGA